CCUUCAUAGCCCUCUACUCUUAACCUUCGCCCUCUCCUUCUUUGUGUCAUCUGUCCUUAACCUCAUCAUAUGUACCAUAGUUUUUUUAAUAUUUGUCAUCUCGAAACCCCCAUUUCUUUUUCAUUGUCAUCUUCUUAUAUCAGCAACUAACCGCCCUGCUUCCCUUUUUUUCAGCUUUCUAUUCUCUACGUUUGAAGCUGGAUCUGUCCGUUUUCACUCUUCCUUAGCAUUUCCUUUAUAAAAACAUUUGAAGCAUGUAAGUUUUGCCUUUCCUAGUUCAACUCCUAUUCCAAAAAUCACCCAAAAAAGAUUUUUUGCUUUGAUUUUUCUAUGCAAGUAGUUGAAGCUUUAUCUGUCUAGUUAGUUGUAGUUUGUAAUCUGGCUACCUUCAUAUCUCCUAUUCCUUAGCCACACUUUUAUAAAAGCCUGCACAGCAUGUAAUUUAGGGUAUUUCCAUCUCUUGAUCAUCAAUCCAAAAAACAAAAAAAAAAAAAGGGUUAGUAUCAGAAGUUAUAGUAUAAUGUUUCCAUAGAAUUUUGUCCAAUAUCCUUUGCUCCUGAUUGUUACUGAUCGUGGCGAAGAUUAGAACAACCGUGUAGCAAUACCUUUAUAAAAGCCGUCAAAUCAUGUAACAAUCCUCUAUUUUUCCAAGCUUCCAUCAAUUCUAAAAAACCAAAAAAAAAAAUUCUGUUCCUUUUUGAAAAAAAAAACAAAAAAAAAGGAAGGUUUUCUGAAGAGAUAUGCCUGACGAGGAGACUGCAACCCCAACGGCGUCGGCACCGGCAACUCCGGGAACGCCAGGUGGACCGCUGUUCACGUCAAUGAGAGUGGACUCAUUGUCUUAUGAUCGGAAGUCAAUGCCACGGUGCAAAUGCUUUCCGGUGACUGCCCCAACGUGGGGUCAACCUCACACAUGCUUCACUGAUUUCCCUGCACCUGACGUCUCGCUUACCCGCAAGCUUGGAGCAGAAUUUGUGGGAACCUUUAUCCUCAUUUUCGCGGCUACAGCGGGGCCCAUAGUGAACCAAAAGUAUUCCGGAGCCGAGACACUGAUAGGGAACGCGGCAUGUGCAGGGCUGGCAGUGAUGAUAAUAAUCUUAUCAACCGGACACAUCUCGGGGGCUCAUCUGAACCCUUCCCUCACCAUCGCAUUUGCCGCCUGUCGUCACUUCCCAUGGGCUCAUGUUCCAGCCUACGUGGCAGCUCAGGUUUCGGCGUCCAUCUGUGCUUCUUUUGCUCUCAAGGGCGUUUUCCAUCCCUUCAUGUCUGGUGGCGUCACUGUACCCUCGGUCGGCUACGGACAAGCUUUUGCACUCGAGUUCCUUAUUACUUUUAAUCUUCUCUUCGUUGUCACCGCUGUUGCCACUGACACUCGUGCGGUUGGAGAGCUGGCGGGAAUAGCGGUUGGGGCGACUGUAAUGCUCAACAUUCUUGUGGCUGGGUCAAGUAGUGGUGGUUCAAUGAAUCCAGUGAGGACUUUGGGGCCAGCUGUGGCAGCAGGAAAUUACAAGGCAUUGUGGAUUUACUUGAUAGCACCCACGCUGGGUGCGCUGGUUGGUUCUGGCACCUACACUCUGGUCAAGCUCCAUGAGGACGAGGCAGAAGCACCACGGCAGGUCAGGAGUUUUCGACGCUAGCUUCGCCGGCCAGCAAUCAUAUCAAUCUUGAAGGGGAAAAAAGAUACUUUUCACGUAUAAUUUUUCUUCUUCUUCUUAUGUCUCUCUAUGGAAGCAUAUCGUGUCGUUUGAUUGUGUGGGGUAUGCUAAGAUAGCUUUGGAGAAUAAUGGCGAUGUGACCAUAAGUCCACGCCCUACAGUUUGGUUUGAAUAAUGUGUUGUGCUUGCUUUUUUAUUUUGUGGGUUUUUGGACAUGUUUCAGUUUGGGAUUGCGUGUUUCUUUAGGGUUUGUGUCUUUGUCUGUUUAAUUACAAUAUGUACCAUCACUAUAAUAAUUUGGCUUUGAUUUGUAACUUUUCAUUUGAUGUUUUAAUUUGUACUAUCAAUGAAAGCAUCUUAUCGUGUGUGAUACUGUUUAA